AUGUCCAGCUUGACCAUCAUUCCCCCUCAGACAAAUCUCACCUCUUCGACGGUGCACAUUGUAUUUGUACACGGAUUUAGAGGAGAUCACACUACAUUCCAAGCCUUCCCCUCGGACUUGCACCACCAUCUCCUGCCGGACAUUCCAAACUUGCAGACAUGGGUCUAUCCAACUUACAAGUCGGCCAAGCCGCUUGCUUUUGCUACGAAGAGUUUCCUAACAUGGUUAAGCUCAAUUCCGGACGGACAUGUUAUUCUGGCUGGUCAUUCUAUGGGGGGACUCCUCGUAGCCGAAGCAGCCGUCGACCCACACCCAGUGACCCGUCGCAUCAUCGGUGUCCUCGCCUUUGACACUCCCUACCUUGGCAUGCAUCCACAUGUCGUGGUCAGUGGAAUUGCUUCUUUAUUCGCAAAGAAGAACGGAGAGAAGAACCCUGGACCACCUCAAACGCUCGUAGCGGGAUUGCCUACCGAAAAGGAGGUCAACGACCGCGAGCAUGUCAAUUUUGUCCCGAGCAUCGAUGCAUAUCCUACAAGCGGAACGACGACACCUCUUCGUAGUCCUAUCUCCAAUACGGCGAGCUUUCACCCAUCUGGGCCUCGACCUCACUCGCCGCGACCAAACAGCCCACCUAGCGCUCUCAGCGUACCGAAUAGUAGCACCUCGAUCACCACGUCGCUUUUCAACAGUACCAUGUCCUUCCUCCAGAAGCACGCCGAUGAAAGCUUUGCUCGCUUCCUCAAUAAACACUCGGAUGCGCCCAUAUCUGCCAUGACGCGCUGGGUGAUUGAGUAUUUCGAAUUUGGGUUCGCCAUGUUCGAUUACCCUGGACUGCUCGACCGAUACAAACGACUCGAGCAAUGGGAUGGCGAUUGGGUCAACUUUUGGACGGUAACGGGUGGAGAAAAGAGCAUAGAUAGUGACGAUGAAGAACCUUCAGGUGAUGGGGAGCAUGACUGGGAAAGGCCACCUACACCCAAGAAGAUUGCCAGAACGAGAAAGGUGGUAAUGCCGUCCGUCGUCUACGAGAACGAGUUUGAGAGAGCGAUGAAGAAGGCGCGAGAUGCAGAAGCAAAGAGGAAAGAGGCGGACGAAGCCAAGGCACGGGAACGAGAGGCAAAGGAGAGGAUUAGGCAGGCCAAGGAAGACGAGAAGCAGCGAAGGAAGGAAGAGGAGAGGCAAGAAAAGGAACGCAAAAAAGCGAUGGAAAAGCAAGAAAAGGAGCGUAAGGCCCUGGAGAAUACCAACCAGAAAUCCGCGAAACUCAGGAAACCCAAACCGAAGAGCACGUCUGAUGAAGACGAUGAGCAUUCGCUUCGAGAGCCACCUCGAAUCUCCAUCGAUGCAGCAGAGGACUUCAAAGUCGAACCUUCAACUGAAGGAGUCAAGAGCACCGAAAACCUGGACCCUCGAGCGUCGCGACCACCGUCCCCCACCCCGUCUGACAGAUCCGAAAAAGCCUCUAUAUCACUUUCCCGACCAACAUCUCCUGUACCGUCAUCACGUGCGUUCUCUGCGAGCUCUUGUCCAUCUCGACCACCGUCCCCAGACAAGGACGCGGCGUACCAUUUCAUCACUCUCCCAGGAAAGGUACACUCAAAUUGUAAGAACCGGUGGCUUCGUGUGCGUAUAAAUGGCGUUCAAGACGAGGUCGCUGCACACACAGGUCUGUUCAUUCGCAGCCAGAACCUCGACUAUGAUGCGUUCGUCGUUCGAUAUUACAGCGAAGAUGCGUUGUCUAAGAAGGCUGGCGCGCUCUCAUUGGAAGCGCAAUCGAAACUAGAGGAGGAUACAGCGAAGAAGGAGAGAAAGGCAGAAGCCAAAGCAGACGCAGAGGCCAAGAAAAAGAUGGCGAGCAGGGUGACUAUAAAGCGCAUCGAACGGAAUAAGAAGAAGUACGUGACGACUGUCCACGGGCUCGAAGCAUUUGGCAUCGAUCUCAAGAAAGCUGCUAAACAACUCGCGGCAAAGUUUGCGACCGGUGCAUCUGUAUCAAAGAACGCGCAGGGUCUGGACGAGAUUGUCGUACAAGGCGACGUCACGGAUGAUAUUGUAGAGCUACUCGAAGGAAAUGUCGGUGUCCUCAAAGGAGUCCCACCGGACAAUGUGGUUUGUGUCGAGGAUAAGAAGAAGAAAGGCGGAACAAGUGCUGAUCAGUAG